UAAAUCGUGCUGUAACAGCAUAAAAACUUGAUCAAAUAUCCAGGAAACUGCGAGGCUACCAACCAAAAAAAACAAGAAUACAUUUUAAGAACAUCCUAAGUUAAAUCAGAGCUUUGCGAGAGUAGGCUACCACCCAUCGAUUUAUUCAAUGGAAUAUCAGAAAGCCGUGGAAAUGAACGGACUGUGCAAUGACAAGAUUGUCAAUGAGUUUCGGUGUCACAACGGGUUCAGUGAGCUGUCGAUCGAAGCGAAGAAGGCUGCGCUCCAGUGCAACGAGGAGAAGUCUCGGAAGGAGUCGGAGGACGAGUCCAACCUGCCGGCGCUGGAGGCUGCCUAUACGAGCAUCCUUCGGGGGCUGGGAGAGGAUACCGAGCGCCAAGGGCUUCUCAGGACGCCGGUCCGUGCCGCAAAAGCGAUGCAAUUUCUCACAAAGGGCUACCAUGAGAAUGUCUACGAUAUCCUGAAUGACGCCAUAUUCGAUGAGGACCACGAUGAGAUGGUGAUUGUGAAAGACAUAGACAUGUUCUCUCUCUGCGAACAUCACCUGGUGCCCUUCUUUGGAAAGGUGCAUAUUGGAUAUCUUCCAAGUAAAAAAGUGGUUGGCUUGAGCAAACUGGCAAGAAUUGUUGAAAUCUUCAGCCGGAGGCUCCAAGUUCAGGAACGGCUGACCAAGCAGAUCGCCCACGCCAUCUGCGAAGCCCUCCAGCCAGCGGGAGUGGCGGUGGUCAUCGAGGCAGCGCACAUGUGCAUGGUCAUGCGUGGCGUGCAGAAGAUUAACAGCCGUACCAUCACCAGCACCAUGCUGGGCGUGUUCCGGGAGGACCCCAAGACACGGGAGGAGUUCCUGACCCUGGUCAAGGGCAGCUAGAACCCCUCAACCUCAGCCUGACUGCACCUUCUGUCCCCCCCAGGAACACAUUACACACUUCUGUUAUCAUUCCAUUUCCUCUCUCUCGCUUUCCACCAGAGAUGUUCACAAGUCGUCAAAUGCAAGUCCAUGUCAAGUCUCAAGUCUCUGAGCUAGAGUCCGAGUCUCCAGUAUGGUGCAGCCUAAACAACAGUGUGGCUAUAGAAAUGAAUCACGAUCCCUACGCUAAUUGAAGAUACAGAAACCAGAAGUGUAGGAGACAUAUUUUGUAUAAGACAUCAACCGAAGAAGCAGUAUUAUCAGGGGCACACAAAAAGAUAGUGGUUAUUUCAUUUAUUUAUUCAUAUAUCAAUGAACUACCACGCCUGAGCCAAUGUUUUGGCAAAGCCUUUCUCAAGAUGGCUGGAGAAAGGCUUGCCAAAACCUCAGGUCUGGUGUGGUAGGUCAUUGAUAUAUCAAUAAAUAAGAUAAAAUAAAUAACCAUUGUAUUUUUAAGAUCUCAUGUGACAUAAUGUAAGCAUUACCAUGGGCUGCAAUAUAAGAUGAUGGUCAAUAACAGAAUAGGGGCCGGUUACAUGAACACAGAUUAAUCUUAAUCCUGGACUAAAUGCAGCUUUGUGUAGAUAAUCUCCAAUUAAAUUUAGUCUAGGACUAGGCUUAAUCUCCAUCUGUGACUAAUUAUAGUUAUAACUUUAUUUGUAGAUGAAGUUACAAAGUGUUGAAAUUUGAAUCAUAUUGCAGUAUUGGUUUAUUACAGUUCUUUACAAUCACUUUGACACUAAUUUCAGAACCUUGAGGUCAUUUUUGAAAACUGUAGACACAAAACUCGAAAUGGAUCAUCAAAAUGGAAACUUUUCAAAACUCUAAACAUUUUUUUUCUAUUGCUUGGAUACAAUAUACAUAAACCAAAAAUCAUUUGAUCACUAAACCAAAUCACUCAACUCAACUUUACUUUCAAAGUAUUAGCAUUUCAAAAUGAAAUACACACAUUACAUUUGAAAAGACUGUCUUUUCAUUCAUUACAAUGCAUCUAACUGCCAAUGUAUCCAAUGUACUUUUUUCAUUAGCCUACUUUUUAAUUUUUUGGUCGGAUGUGAAAUAGGUUGGAUGUCACCCUGCUAGUGCCAGCACAGGGGACAUGUAUCGACCACCACUUGUGGUCUUUCUAAAAGUGGAGCCACUCUAAGCCAUAAAAGGUGGUGUGCAUGAAACUAUGAUAUAUUUGCUCUCAAAAAAUAAGUAGGCCUAAAUGAUCCCAUCGACUCGCUAGUUUAUUUCAGCCGCUUCCCUAUGUUCUGUUUGGAUAUGAUUCAUAUGGUUCAUAUGAUUCUGACCUACUUACUGUUGCCAUAUUAUUGUAGCCGAGCUUGUGCUGAAAACAAAGAUAUGAAACACUUAGGAAAAGGUCUUUCCAUCCAUUACAAUGCAUCCGACUACCAAAGUAUCCAACUACUAAAAAUUAUAAAUGUGUGUAACAUUACAUAACAUAACAGUUUUAUGGAAACUGAUCACUGUUACAACAUUCCAUGUUUAGAUCAUGAAUGUUUUAGGAUAAAGAAGUCUAUUGACACCAAUUACUUUGGAACAGGAUCAAUUUUACCAGAUUGUCAUUGAAUGUAAUAUUGCCUCACCAUCCUUUGUCACUGGGCUUUUCAACCUUUUUGGACAUGCACGUUCGAGCUGGUUGUCAAAUGGCUGAUGAUUGAUUUUACAUAGUGGUAAGAGCAGGUGUAAGGAUGUGUAUCCACCUGCAACAACAUAGCGACAACAUGGAGCAGUCAGAUGGUCCAUGUUAGAAUAGGGAUCAAGCAGUGAGAGGAGGAGGAAGAGGAGGAGGAGGUGAGGUGGUCAAUGGAAUGGCAGACGACAGGUACUCCUUCAGAGAGGUGGCCUUGUUUCUCAUCUGGGGGGGAUCGUCCUAGUAGAAGACCGUGUCUUUCACUGCAGUUCAGAUUUUUUGUUGCUAUGCUAUUUCAGUUUUCUUUACAAUUUGAUUACAGUGUUUUUACACUUUUUCUUCAUACAACUCUCUGCGCCAACAUGCAGCUCGUCAGUUUAUUUAAUUCACAAAAUGGAUCAAAACUACCAAACCACUGCAAGCAUGUCUCAAAGGAAAAGCACCAGCACUAGAAACACUAAUAACCAGUGGCAUUACUGUCGAUGCUCUAUUUUCUGUUAGUGAUUUUCAAAUUGGACUGUAGAAAUGUAUAGUAUAGUAUAUAUAUAUAUGUAUAAUGUAUAUUCAAAUUGUACUGUAGAAAUGUAUAGUUUUCAGCCUGAUUUUUUGUAAAAGCAAUGAAAAAAUAAUUCAGUUUGGUCCACAUACAGUGCUCUUGUGCUAACUGUGAAAAGUUCUAAAAAGUAUUAAAAAAUGCUUGUUUGCUAUUGUGAAAAAAAAAAGAAAAAAGAAAACUGAAACAAACCCAGUAUGUUAUAAUUAUAUUUUUCAACGAUUCCACUCUCUUCUACUAUUCCCUUUAUUUAGAACCACAAAAAGACCACAUUGAAACAUGCAUCAAGUAUUUUUUCAUGCUACAGUAAAGUGAAGUGAAGCUAUAGGUAUCUUUUGUGUGGGCGAUCUAAACAAAUGUUCCUAUAGUAUUUCAUGAAAAAUGAGGAAUGAGUGAACCAAUGAGUUUAGAAUUGCAAGAUUUCUUCAAGGAUAUCAAUGCACAAUGCAUGUUUUGAACAGGCGAACGGGCUGCGUUUACAAGUGCUUACCAUUUUGAGUGUUGUGUUUUGUAAAUAAAGCACAAUCUUUUGAGAUUA